AUGAAUCUGCCACUUAAAAUUUUAAAUUAUUUUUCACUCUAUUUGUUAAUCGAACUAUGUUUAUUUAGAAUCAGUUGUUCAAGUUCAGACAUUAAGAAAGAUGUAUCAGAAACAAGUUGGACAAUCAAUAUUCCCAACGGUCCAGUAGAUUUACCCUUUGAGAGAAAAUUAAAUUUAGGAUUGAGAAAAUAUAAGCACAAUUUCCCUUAUGAACCAGCUGACAAUUAUAUGCAAAAUGAAAUGAACGAAGACGCAAAAGAACUAACGGAUCAUAAAACAAAUUUUCCUGGAAGAGAAGCUGAAAAUUAUUCCAUACCUGAUGAAGUCAAUUAUGAGCAUCCCCAAUGGCUUGAAGAUAUGAUCAGAUUGUCAAAUAAAAGCAAAGACACCUUGGAAUCCUUAGGGCUAGAGAAUUUGCCAGACGUAAAUGUAUGUAAACAAAUAAAACAUAUAAAAGAACAAAUGCUAUGUAUACUUGAAGCACUUGAAGACAUAAAGGAGGUUUAUCAAAAUGCAAAGGAAAUAACUUCCUUAACAGCGAGGGUUUUAGCUGGAGGAAGACUAGCCGUACGAGCUCUGUCAAGACUGAAAACAUUGGCGUCCACAUUUGAAAAUAGGCAGCUAAUGAAAAAAUUAGGAACUCCAUUGGCUACAUUAAUACUGCUACAACGGGAAAGCACAUCGGACAGGAACAGGUGGAUAUGUGGAUCUAUCUUAACCCUUCUAACUGAUUUACCUGUGGUGUCCGACUUAGCUGAUAUAAAAACAGGGUCUUAUGGUCAUGUGAAUGUCAUUAUGCCCAGACAAUCUAGGGUAAGAAACCCUGACAGAAACAUUUUAAAAUUAAGAGAGGGAGCUUCUCCUUCUAGUCUAAUAAAUGGAUAUACAACAAGUUAA